AUGGGCUUUAUCAAUUAUUCCUCUUAUAAUAAAUUAGAUUCUAAAAAUGAUCAAAGAUCUAAUGAUACUUAUUACAAUGAGCACUAUAUUAGACACUGCUCAAGAUACCCUUCUCCACCUCCUUUAACUAUUGCAAAUAAUAAAAAUGAUAAUGAUAAAAACAAUAGCAUUGAUAAUGAUAAUGAUAAUGAUAAUGAUAAUGACAAUCAAGUCAGUGAUAACAAUAGUUUUGUCAGAAAUAAUUCAAUGAAUUUUCACAUCAAGAAAACUCCCAAAAAUAAAAACUCAUCGUUUAGACAAUUUUUUAAUACAUUAACUAUUAAAAGAUUUUAUUCAUCAAAAUAUAAAAAUGCAAACAAUUAUAACACAUUUAAUAACGAUUAUAAUAAUAGUAAUGGUUCUUAUAAUUCUCUUAAUGAUUCGCCCUGUAUUAUCAAUGGGGAUAAUUUUUCAAUUAUUGAAAAUCAAGAAGAAAAAAAAGAAAAGAAAAAUUCUAUUAUAGCUUUGAUUAAAAAAAUUUUAAAACCAAUUAAAAACAAAUCAUUUAAAGAUAACAAAAAUAAUAAAAAUGACAAAAGGUUGAAUAGUGAUGAUAUUGAUGAUAAAAUUAAUAAUUUUGAUUAUACAAAUUACUAUAAUGCUGAUAAUUAUAAUAAUAUUACUACUAUUAAUAAUGAUAAUGAUGAUGAUUACAACCUUUCACUAACUUCUUCAAAAAUCUCGUCGAAUUUUAAUUCACCAAUUAAAAAGAGGUUGGGAACUAGAAAUUCGAUAUCCAGUGCUUUAUCUCAAUUAUCUUUUAGUAGUUCAUUCAAACUUAAAAGAAGUCAGACUAAUAAUAAUGACAAUGGUAAUGGGACAGAUACCGAGACUUUAACCUCAAGAUAUUUAGGUACGGAUGGUAGACAACUAUCAGCAGAUUUAAAAGCUAUACCAUUUGAUUUAACUAUUGAGCCAAAAAAAACCACCCCAUUGAAGGAGAAAAUAACUAAACUAUUCAGACAAAAUAGUAAAAACCGUUUUGAUCCUGAAAAUGAUAUUCAUUUUAACGAUUAUGACUAUAAUAAAAUUGAUCUUUUGUAUAACUACAAUACAACCAAUAAAAAUUACCAAAACUACAAUAACGAUAACAAUAGUAAUGGUAACAAAAAUGAUGAUGAUAAUGAUAAGAGUAAUAGUAAUAGUAAUAGUAAUAGUAACAGUAAUAGUAAUAGUAAUAGUAAUAGUAAUAGUAAUAGUAAUAGUAAUGACAUUAAUGAAGAUAUUGAUGGAAAUAAUAACAAAAUUUUAAAUCUGAAUAACUUAAAUGGAGAUAAUUAUGAAUUUUUGGAUAAAUCAAUAAUAAAUGAAAUUGUGAAUAAAAAGCAGAAAUCCAAAUUCAAAAGAAGAAAUAGUAUAAAUUUGAGUUUGAUGAUCACCAGAAAAAAAGAUAAGAUAGGCGAUACUAAAGAUUCUAAAAAUCCUAAUGAUGAUGUUGAUUUUGAUGCUGACGACUGUGGUGUUGCUAAUAGUACUUUGAAUACAUUGGAUACUUUAAAUUCUCUUAAUAAUGAAAACAGCAAUGAGAGUAAAAGUAUGAGAAUUAAUAAUUUCAAUGCAAGCUCUCUUCUUCCAAUAAACAGCAAAAGUAAUGAAAUAUCAAAAGAUGAAAGCAUGAGUUUAAACAAUAAUAGUAAAAAUGGCAUAUAUCAUGCGAUACGGAUUAGGGAUGCCAAAUCUGUUGAAACUUUGGAAUGUUCAGUAUUGUCGUCGUCAACUAAAAAGAGCAAUUUCUAUAAACAUGAUCACUUUUACGAUACCGAGGACGAUGAAUUGUAUUAUGAAGCAGAAACACAUGGACUACCAUCAAAAUGCGACGACUAUACAAGUGAUGAACAAACACAAAAGUAUUUGGAAAUGGAUGAAAAAAUAAAAGAGUUUAAUGCGAAACAUAGCUUGAACAAAAUAAUAUGUGACGAUAGUGUUACAAUCAGACAAAAAGAGAAUCACAGUAGCAAAAAGCUAAGUAAAUCAAAGAGCUUGAGCAAUUUUUUAAGUCUUGGUGAAGAUGUAAAUGACAACAAACUUAGGCUACGAAAAUCUUUGUCAGUUUUGGAUAACAAUUCAAAUGGACAGUAUGAAGACAGUGAGAAAAAUAUCAACAGCGUAGUGAUGGAGCUUCAGAGAAUGCAAAACAGUACGGGCUCUCCCUUGAACAAGACAGUCUUUAUUAAAUAG